CAAUAAAAAAACCGCAACUCAAACCGAACCGGACGCACACUGACUCUACUUGGCUAUUCACUAAACCCUUCUUUUCUCUCUCUUCAAUACUCCGGCGGUGGUGGAUUCCUCCAAUGCCGGCGGAAAUGGAUGCCGGAGUGACGUCAUUGAAGUCAAUACUAGAUAAACCCCUCACUCAACUUACUGAAGAAGACAUUUCUCAACUCACACGCGAAGAUUGCCGCAAAUACCUCAAAGAAAAAGGAAUGAGAAGACCUUCGUGGAACAAAUCGCAAGCGAUCCAGCAAGUAAUUUCGCUCAAAGCGCUUCUCGAGACUAGUGAGGAUUCCGGCGCCGGUGCUCUCCGGAAAAUCUUAGUUUCUAGACCGCCUCCUCUUCCUCCGGUUAAUUCGAAUUCAGCUGAUUCAGCUAGGGAAGCUAGUGAUAACUAUAACAUUAAUGAUUCAGCUCCUCCUUGCUGGCAAAAUGCUUCUCCUAAAUCUUCUACUCCUGCGCUACCACCGCCGGUGGAUUGUCGACUGGAAGAGGCGGACAAUAGAGUCCUUUCUUCAAGAAGUCCUGGUGCCACUGUUGGAUUGGUUGGACAAAUGACGAUUUUCUAUUGUGGGAAGGUGAAUGUGUAUGACGGAGUCCCACCUGAUAAGGCCCAGGCAAUCAUGCAUCUCGCAGCAUGUCCUAUUCAGUCACCUGUGGAGGAUCCAACCCGUAGACCUGCAUUUGCGUUUCCUUAUCAUUUACAGACUGCAAGUGACAGGCAUCUCUUUUUUCCUUCCAGCGCUGCAACUUCUCCAGCCACACCAACAGAGAAGAUGGCAGAAUAUUCUCAGCAAUGUAAGGAGAAGGGGAACUUAACUAAUGACCAUGAUGUAGAGUGUCAAGCAAACCGCAAAGUGUCAUUGCAGAGAUAUCUGGAGAAAAAAAAGGAUAGGGGCAGAUUUAAGGGUAGUAGGAGAAAUGUGGGACCUACUUCUUGCUUGGAUAUGUAUAUGAGUCAUCAAGCAAAAACACAUACUGCAAAUGAACAAUCGACCAGAAGCGGCACAAGCUCUCCGCCACAGCCCGGAGUGCCACAUUCCUUGUGUAAUUCAGCUGAUGACCAGCCAAAGAGUAGUAGUUUUUCUGUUGAUCUCAAUGAAGAUGUUCAAGAGCGCUGAUGGCAUGCUAUACGUAAUUUUUUGGUGCUUGGGGCAGCAUAGAUAUAGGACCAAUCAUCAAUGCAGCAGGAAAACCAGCCUAACAAGCUUCAGCAUCUCUGCGUCUUGCAGGAUCCAGGCGAGCUACUAGCUACCUGAGAAUGAAGGUGGCUUCUUUAAUUAAUUCUUCUUUCUAGGAAGUUCCCUAUUUCUAGAGAUCACCACGAGAGAAUUACUCGCUGACAAGGAAUUUCAGUCUCACACGAUCAAUUUUGUACUAGAAUGAUGGUCUUGAGGAAGAAAUUCCUUGUUUCUAAUUGUAUUAUUAUAUAAGCAGCCAUAAGCAGCUUUUAUUCACCUAAUGUA